ACUGAGCUGUUUUUGGAGACAGUUUUUUAUAAUGAACUGACUGAAUUUAAUGUGCUGUGGACCUUUUGAUAUCUCAAAGCAUGAAGGCUGCAAGAAAAUGUGUAUCCCUCCUUUUGUGUCACAUGAUUGUUGUUAAAAGAUGUUAAUAUUUAUAUACUCAAGAUAUACUUCAAAACGUUGGUGUGACAGGUUUUCAGAUUUUUCACUUUUAGUGUAUUUGUAUCGAUCUGUUUGGGUGAUUCAUCUCGAGUUCUCUUACUAGUUUUUCAUUACAGUUUACAAUAAAAGAGGCAUUGUACCACACAAUGCUGACAUCAGAUGAGUUAUACAAUUGUGACUACAAUGUUUGACACUGCUAAAAGUUACAACAAAUGUGCUACUAACAGUGUGAUGCAGUCUUGUUAGCCUUGCCGGUGUAUAAAUGCAAUGAAGAAGGAGAAAAAUAAGCAAACCCUGCUCUGGAAUUUGGGUGUCAGUUUCUGAGAGUGGCCCCAAAACGGGGGGAGGAUGGUGGGAAUAUGUCCCAACCAACUGGAGCAAAGAAAAUCCUCACAAUGGCUGAAUAGGAGUUGUGCCUUGCAGUGGCAGAAAACACACAGCAGAGUGGGAUAAAACGUGGGAGCCUGAUUUUGACUUCAAGAAGCUGAGGUAAAGUUAAACGUUGUGUUCAUUUUGAUGAGCACACAAAAUUAAAAUUGCACACAUUUUCCACAUCUUUUCUGCCAAAUAAAGGAAUCAGUGUAACACAAACCAUCCUCUAGGGUGAGUAGUAGUGUUGUGGUUCAUUUUGAAGAACUGUUGGACUUUAAGUUGUGAUAAACUUAGUUUAUUCUUAAUUUAAUGUUGUGGUUCUCAGUUGUUUAAAUGGAUGCUUGAAAAGUGAAUUACAGAGAUGACAAUUGUCUAUGGAGUUUUGAUGUUUUGAAGUUAAAUUUCAAUGCUGACUUUUAUUCAUCUCAUUUAUGUUUUGACUAAUCAGCAUUUGAAUGGUUGUAGUAGUUUUGCCAAUGACAACCAGCAAUUGCCUUAGAGGGAGGAAUAUUGGAGAAGGAACCGCUGUGAUUGUUUUAGAUCCCAAUUUCAGUUGAACAGUGGAAAAACAAUUGAUUUAUUCAGGUUGGUUUGAGGAGGAGGAUCAGCUGACACUGUUUUACUGACAUGCAGAUUUUUUAUCUUGUCAGGGUUUCCCUAAAAGUCUAAACAGAAUGAGGAUAUUGAGAAGAGCCUCUGCACUCAUCCUGAGAAGAGGAGUUGCAUCUUAUCAGGGCACACUGUGCAAAAAUGGCGUUGGCAGAAACCAAACCCGUGGUUGCGCUUGAGAGCACUAUUAUCACACAUGGCAUGCCCUAUCCACACAACCUGAGAACAGCAAAAGAGGUGGAGGCCAUUGUGCGAGCUGAAGGAGCCACUCCAGCCACAGUCGGUGUGAUCGAGGGUGAAGUCCGUGUUGGACUGUCAUCAGAGGAGCUUGACUACCUCGCCCAGUGCAGGAGCUCCCUGAAGGUGUCACGACGGGACCUGCCAUAUGUCAUAAGCAAAGGUGUCUCUGGAGGAACAACAGUGUCAGCGACUAUGAUAGCAGCACACAGAGCUGGGAUCCCUGUGUUUGUCACUGGAGGCAUUGGAGGAGUUCACAGAGACGGAGAGAACAGUCUGGACAUCAGUGCAGAUCUGACAGAGCUCGGCAGGACUCCCAUCGCUGUGGUCUCUGCUGGGGUCAAGUCUAUUCUGGAUAUCGGUCGCACCCUGGAGUUCCUUGAGACACAAGGUGUCUGUGUGGCCACUUAUGGAGCAUCAAAGAAUUUUCCAGCCUUCUUCUCUCCACAAAGUGGAUUCACUUCUGCGUACCAUGUCUGCAGCCCAGAGGAGGCUGCAAAACUCAUAGCAAGCACUUUGUCACUGGGUCUCCAAAGCGGUGUCCUGUUAGCGGUGCCCAUCCCAGAGCAGCAUGCAGCAGCAGGUCAGCAGAUAGAGGAGGCCAUACAGGCUGCAGUCACAGAGGCCAGGUGUGAAUGUGAACCUGUCCAGGGUGUCCCCCGCCUUCACCCCAAGUCAGCUGGGAUAGACUCCAGCCCUCCCAUGACCCUACUGAGGAUUAAAUGUGCUAAAGGUGUCACUGGAAGAGAUGUGACACCAUUCAUUCUUCAAAAGGUCAAUGAACUGACUGAAGGAAAGUCCCUUCAGGCCAAUAUUGCUCUCAUUCAUAAUAAUGCCAAAAUUGGUAGUCAGAUAGCCUGUGCACUGUCAAAACAAGUGAAUGAGAGAACACUGAAAAACGAAACUCAUCCUCCUGGAAAGCUCUCAUCGAACACAGAAUCAGAUGUUGUUGUCGUAGGGGGAAUAAAUGUUGAUUUUAUUGCCAAGGGAAAAACUGAAACGCUUCUUUUUGGUCAGACUAACCCAGGAAGCGUCUGUCAGUCUUUUGGGGGUGUAGGAAGGAACAUCGCUGAUUCUCUGAGUAGAUUAGGACACAAACCGCUGUUCAUCUCAGCUACUGGAACGGAUUCAAACAGUGAUGCAGUGUUGAACUACUGUAAACAUAUGAACACAUGUGGUGUGGCCAGGAUAGAAGGACAGAGCACAGCAACCUACUGCGCUGUCAUCACUGAGAGUGGAGAACUGAGUCUUGGUUUGGGGGACAUGGACAUUCAUCAGCAAAUCACAGAGCAGUAUGUGUCACUCUUUGAGGAGCAGCUUUCAUCAGCCACUCUUGUGUGUCUCGAUGGAAACAUCCCAGUCUCCACCAUCGACUAUGUUUGUUCUCUUGCCAAAAAGCACAAUAUAAAUGUUUGGUAUGAACCAACGGAUUCAGAAAAGGCUUGUAAGCCUUUCCUUUCAGAUGCUUGGAAGUCUUUGUCCUAUUCAUCCCCAAACCUGGCAGAAUUGUGCACCAUGAAUGCAACACUGGGUAUCACAACACCUGAAGUGCUGCCAAGUACUCUCGAUGAGAUGCUGGGUGUCACUGUGGUUCUCUCACGCCCCCUUCUGGACCAUCUUCACUGUCUAGUGGUCACGCUUGGUGCUCAUGGUGUGUUGCUAUGUGGAGAACUUGAUGCAGGAACAGUCAACCUACAGCCAAGAAAACAGAGGAGGAGGAGGCAGCUUUGUGCUCUAUACUACCCAGCACUGACUGUGACCCCAGAGGAGACGAUGAAUGUGUCAGGAGCCGGAGAUAGUCUUGCAGGUGCCUUAAUAGCAGGUAUUCUCCAGGGAAAAGACACAGACAGCUGUGUUCGAAUGGGGCUUCUGGCUGCAAAGAUGUCCCUGGCAUCCCCACACCCCAUCGCCCCCGUGCUUACCUUAGACUCCGUGGAUCCCAACAAUGUUCAAGCGCAGGACUGGCCCAAACCAAAAUUUGUGUGGAUGGAUUAAAAUUAAAAUGUUUCUUGUUAGAUUUCUCAGACUUUUAUCAUUGUCAAUCUUAAGAUCUGUGAUUAAAUACAUGUAGAAUCAGUAUGUGAUAUUAUGACUAUAUAAAAGGAUGUCAGAAGAUGGCAUGUUUUACAAAAUGGUUACAUUCUAGUUAGUUUCAUACUGAUUGUUCUAUUAUGACUGAAAUUUUGCCAAAAUACAUAAAGCAACUUUGUCCUAACCUUUACUGAACCUCACGACUCCUAUAAAUAAACUCUGUAAGAUUUAAAUUCAAAGACCAUUUGGGGUUUUGAAUUAUUAUGGUUAAGAACAGGGCAUAUUAGAAAAAACUAAAGAAAAUAAAGACAGCAGGAAGGAAUGAAAAAGAAAAAGAAAGCCUUCUAAGAGGGAAUCCAGGGAAUCCUUGAAUUUGUUGGGCUGUCAGAUAUGUUUUUGUUGGCUCAUAACUUUACUUCUAAUUUUGUCCGGUUAUUCCUCAUUAUUAUUAAUACUGCAGGAUCUUAGCCUUGAUAUUUAUUGUAUAAUUUUUGUGGGGUAUCUUAAUUUUAAAAUUACCCAAUUGACUUUGCAUCAUAAAAAACACUGUAGAAUCUUAACCUCUGUAUUUAAACUUGUUCGGCUAAUUUGUGACACUGAUAUUAUUAUUAUUAUUAUUAUUAUUAUUAUUAUUAUUAUUAUUAUUAUUAUUAUUAUUAUUAUUAUUAUUAUUAUUAUUAUUAUUAUUAUGUUUAUUAUUAUUAUUAUUAUGUUUAUUGUUUUUAUAAAACUGUUGUGUAAAUAACAGUGAUUUGACUUGACUUGAUAUUUGCAAAAGGUACAAACUGACUCCUGCACUGUCUAACUUGCAAUGAAAAAUGUAUUAUUGCCACGUUUCGGUAGGAGACCUUCAUCAGACAAAAACAAGAUUGCAUUGGAAGACAUAAAGUAUCCAUACCAAAAUGCAAAAAAUUACAAAUGGAAAUCUUACUCUUGAAUUUUUUUUUUGGAUGGUACAAAAAGUACUGAUGUACUGUCAAUAAAAUGUUGUUGCUUGUG